GGUGCCGCACCCUCUGCUCGGUCUAGAGCUCUCCACCGCCACCAGCAUCCUUCACGUCCUCGUCGUCACACGUCACUUGGCGUGUUGUUGUCUGCCAGACACGGACGCGGAGGCGGCCACGCAAGGCGGGAAAAGAUGUCUCCGAGCAGCCGGCCGUUUUUGUUCCUGAUUGGGGCCGCCUGCCUGGGGCUGCCCUACCCGCUGCGCGCUCAGGUGGUAGCUGACGACACGUACUUAAACGAGGUCCAGAACUCAGUCCCUCUGUCCUGCUCUGAGGGUUUCACCGAAUUGGGUUACUACAACGGUACCGUGUCCCAGACGGACUCGGGUGCCCCGUGCCUCAGGUGGACCGAGUUCCCCGACUACGUGGUGCAGUACCCGGGCCGUGGUCUCGGCGAACACAGCUACUGCCGGAACCCGGAUCGCGAGUCCAACCCCUGGUGCUUUUUCCGGCAGAACUCGGGCGCCAUCGGAUGGGCCUACUGCGAUUGUCACCAGGGUGCCACCAGGCUUGUCGGUGGCUCGUCGUCCAACAGUGGGCGUGUUGAAGUGUAUCUGAACGGCCAGUGGGGAGCGGUGUGUGACUCUCACUGGAGCGACCGGGAUGCGAGCGUGGUCUGCAGGCAGGUGGGCUUAAGUGACAUUGGCACGACAUUGCGGCACUCUCAGUUGGCCUCGGGUUCUGGCCUCUUCCACUUUGAGCGUCUGGGUUGCCGCGGCGACGAGAACAGCGUAAGCGCCUGCAGGAGCAGGACGUUCGUCACUGGGGACUGUAACCAUGGAAACGAGGCGGCUGUCUUGUGUGCCCCUCCUGAAGGCAGCGGACCUCCGCUACGACUGGUUGGAGGUGAGGAAGACUUUGAAGGACGCGUGGAGGUGUUCCACAGCGGGAGGUGGGGCUCCGUCUGUGACGACCAAUGGGAUGACAGAGACGCGGAGGUGGUGUGCCGACAGCUGGGCUUCAGCGGCGUGGCCAAGGCGUGGUCAUGGGCUCACUUUGGUCAGGGAUCAGGUCCCAUCCUGCUGGACGCCGUCAAGUGCACGGGAAAUGAACUGUUCCUGGAUGAGUGUCCACACGGACACUGGGAGCAGCACAACUGCGACCACAUGGAGGACGCCGGAGUCUCCUGCAGCCCGUACACAGAUGGGGUGGUGCGUCUGGUGGGAGGCGACGAUCCCUGGGAGGGCCGCGUAGAGGUGCGCCACAACGGCGACUGGGGGACGGUGUGUGACGACCACUGGAAGCAACAGCACGCCCAGGUGGUGUGUGGACAACUGGGAUACAGGGGUCACGCUGAGGUGGUGUCAGGCGGGACGUUCGGUGAGGGCGCUGGUCUCAUCCUGCUGGACGACGUCCACUGUACCGGCUCAGAGACGUCCCUGUUGGACUGCAAUCACGGCAUCUGGGGUCACACCGACUGCUCCCACGCUGAGGACGUCGGCGUGCGCUGCAGAGGGAAGCCCGAAGACGAGACCAACGACGUGCCCGUCGUCGCACCAUCUACAGGUCCGCUGCUGCGUCUUGCUGGGGGCGUCAGCAGAAAGGAGGGGCGCGUGGAAGUCUAUCUUCACGGUGACUGGGGGACCAUUUGUGACUCAGGGUGGAAUGACCUCAAUGCCGCUGUAGUGUGCAGGCAGCUAGGCCACAGUGGCGGAGGUCUGGCGGCUGGGGGCUUCGGCCAGGGUAAAGGACCGGUCCACCUGGACCAAGUGAGAUGCACUGGCAAGGAGGAGUUCCUGGGCGAGUGUCCCUCGCUGGGCCUGAACAUCAUGGGUUGUAGGCGGGGGCAAGCAGCGGGGGUCAAGUGUGACACCUCCGCUGCUUCAGUGCACGACCCGAUGGCUCAAGUCCGCCACUUGGAAGACAGCUGCGGUGCGAGGAAGCUUCAAGAGGAGGCCAGUGAGACCAAGACCCAAGAGGGAGACGGAAACAUGCUCAGGACAUCAUGGCCUUGGCAGGCGUCUGUGUGGCUUCAGUCUCAAAGUCAAGACGGCGGCCCUCUCUGCAGCGCCACUCUGAUUGGCUCAUGCUGGGCACUCACGUCCGCCACCUGUUUCGCCAGGUUUGGAACGGAGCCGUCCAAGUACGUUGUACGGAUAGGGGCAUCUGAGCGGACCUUGACCCCGGAGCGCAUUGUGGUCCACAAGAAAUUCAAAGGUCAGAGUGGAGGUCACGACCUGGCCUUGCUCAAGCUGCCCGGUGCCCAGAAGGGUCACUGCUUCACGUUUGACCCCCACGUCAAUGCCGCGUGUCUGCCUGAUGACGACCACAGCAGCAUGCCGGGUGCCUGUGUCGUCAUGGUGACCACACGAUGGAACACACCGGACUCUGUCCUGGCGUCGUGGGUUCCCGUCAUGUCGUCGUGGCAAUGCAAGAAGCGUCAUGGCGACAGCUUUUCCAGCCACGGCACCGUGUGCGCCGGCAGCCCCCCGGACACUAGUCUGCUCCACAGCACCGGUGACAGCUGCCGUGGCAACUCCGGAGGCGGGCUGCUCUGUCAGGGCGAGGCCGGCCGAUGGGUGCUGACGGGGGUGGUCGCAGGGGCCUACGGCUGCGAGGACCCCUCUACUCCGGCACUGUACACGCGCGUCAGCCGCUUCCGCAGCUGGAUCGACGACGCCAUCCAGGCCGAUUCCCAAAAUGGCCACCGAGGGGAGGAAACAAACGACAUUGGACAUGUAAAACACACACAUCACUCGCAGGUGGUGGUUUGA